UUGUUGUUUGUUUUGAGAGAGAGAGAGAGAGAGAUAGAGAGAGGGGUCAAUCCUUUAUUCGAAGGGUCUUCUCUAAAGGUCGCUUUCUUCCCUUUCGCGUUACUUCUUCUGAAUUCUCUGUAACCUUCGGAACGAGUUCCGUCUGUCUCUCUUCCUACCCAAUUAUAUACGUUUAUAUACACUCCUAUACAGUGUUCGGAAAUCUCUGGAAACCGAGAUUGCUGAGAGAGAGAUACAGACAGAGACAGAGAGAAGAAUGAGGGCAAGUGCGGCCUUCUCAUCGGCCAAACAAGCGGAACAGUGUAGGCAAGAUGGCAACUUGUACUUCAAGAAAGAUCGUUUUGGAGCGGCCAUCGAUGCUUAUACCGAGGCGAUUACGCUAUGCCCUAAGGUUUCUGUGUAUUGGACAAAUCGUGCUUUGUGCCAUCGAAAGCGGAAGUAUUGAUUGGCCAAAAGUCGAGGAGGACUGUCGGAGAGCUAUUGAGCUUGACAACAAUUCUCUCAAGGCUCAUUAUAUGUUGGGACUUGCAUUACUACAGAGACAAGAAUUUGUUGAAGGAAUCAAAGAGCUGCAGAAGGCUUUGGAUCUUGGAAGAGCCAACCCUGAGAGCUACAUGGUGGAGGUGAUCUGGCAGGAAAUAGCCAAAGCAAAAUACGUAGAGUGGGAGAAUGCAUCUUCAAAGCGUUCGUGGGAAUUGCAAAACUUAAAAGAGGCUUGUGAAGCUGCACUUAAAGAAAAACAUUUUCUUGAUGAUUCUCAAACAGAAGGUUUCGUGGAUGAAUUUGAUACCUCUCACUUGGAACAAUUAGAGGUUUUAAGAAGAGUGUUUAGAGAAGCUGCAGAAGCUGACACGCCGACAGAGGUGCCAGACUAUCUAUGUUGUAAAAUAACGCUUGAUAUUUUGCGUGAUCCUGUCAUCACUCCAAGUGGGGUUACAUACGAGAAAGCAGUGAUUCUUGAACAUCUUCAGAAGGUGGGCAAGUUUGAUCCAAUCACUCGUGAACCACUUAAUCAAUCCCAGCUGAUACCAAACUUGGCCAUAAAGGAAGCAGUGCAGGCAUUUCUAGAUAAACACGGAUGGGCCUACAAGAUGGACUGAAAAUUGAACUUAAUCAGAGAAUUCAUAGAAUUGAUAGUUGUGCACAAUAGGUGGGAACCCUGUUGAGUUCUUGCUGCAGUAUCAGUAUGGGAUGGGUGGAGUCUCUGAUUUUAGGCGUUUUGUAUGCAUAAUUUUUUUUUUGUUUUGGACAAGUAAAACAUUAUAUUGACAUGAAUAGGCAUAGCUCAAGUACACAAGAUUGUA